GAAAUAAACAGAAACAUGAAGGACGAGUCUAUAAAUAUAGGAAGUCUUGGGGCUGAAUCAGAAAAAUUAAACAACUCAAAGCUUAGCUUAAACUCGACAUCACUGUCCGGCGGGUUCUGUGAGUUGAAGCAUUUUUCCGGGCCGGAUAUGGAAGACGGAGAAGAAGAACCGCCGCUCGCUGUCGAGAUAUGCGAUGCGGACCAGCCGCAAGACGGCGGGGUUUCAGUCGGCGUGACCGUAAUCACUGGCUACCUUGGCGCGGGAAAAUCCACUCUGGUGAAUUACAUUUUGAAUGCUCAACACGGGAAGAGAAUUGCAGUGAUCUUGAAUGAGUUUGGAGAGGAGAUAGGAGUCGAGAGGGCGAUGAUAAACGAGGGAGAAGGCGGGGCUCUGGUUGAGGAAUGGGUGGAGCUUGCAAAUGGGUGUGUCUGUUGUACGGUCAAGCAUAGCCUGGUUCAGGCCCUCGAGCAGCUAGUUCAGAUGAAGCGGAGACUCGACCAUAUAUUGCUGGAGACAACAGGGUUGGCAAAUCCUGCUCCUCUUGCAUCGGUUCUUUGGUUGGAUGAGCAGCUCGAAUCUGCAGUCAAGCUUGAUUCGAUCAUCACUGUUGUAGAUGCUAAAAACCUUCGCUUGCAACUUCAAGGGCGCCGCGAUUCUUCCUCAUUUCCUGAAGCAUUUCUUCAGAUAGCAUUUGCGGAUGUAGUGAUUCUUAACAAGGUUGAUAUGGUUUCGGCUGAGGGAUCUGAUACUUUGGAGGAUUUGGAGAAAGAAAUAUAUAAAAUAAACUCCAUCGCUGACAUCAUUCGCUCGGUUCGAUGUCAAGUCGACUUGUCCAGGAUUUUGGAUCGGUGGGCCUAUGAUUCCGGGUAUGUCACUCACUUGGAAUCUCUGCUGCAAGAAAGCCAAUCUCUGUCUGCCAGCAAAACUCAUGAUAGCAGUGUGAGAACCUUAUGCAUCAUGGAGACACGGAAGGUUGAUCUGGACAAGGUAAUAAUGCGGCCGUUCAUUUUCCAAGUGAAGUGUUCUUUCGUUAUUUCAUUUGGAUUUAUCAAGUCUUCGAUGAGUUUUUUAAUAUUUUCUCAGGUCCGAUUGUGGCUCGAGGAUAUUCUCUGGGAUAAGAAGUACGGGAUGGAAGUAUAUCGCUGCAAAGGAGUUCUGUCUGUCUCAAAUUCGGACUUGCUCCACACAUUGCAGGCUGUGAAGGAGAUAUAUGAAGUCGUUCCAGCUCGAGAAUGGAAAGAGGGAGAAGAUCAGAUAAACAAGAUAGUUUUCAUCGGCCACAAUCUGAAUGAGGAAGUUCUCAUUGAUUCCUUGAGAAGCUGUGCAUUGUCAACUUCAUGAUCUGAUAUUUUCUCCCCUCCAUUGUUAAUUCAUUCUGACGUUACAUAGAGAUGAGAUGCAUAGUGAAGAACAUUGUCUUGUCUUUACAGAUACCCACGUUCUCUUGGUUGCACAUUGAGAAAGCUGCAUGUUUCUUUUAUUUCUUUUCGCUCUAAUGGACUAAAACGGCGUGCUUCAAGCAUCCGAUUAGGGUUC